AUGGGUCUUUGGAAAUGGUUUGUUUCCCUUUUUAUGUUUCAAAUAUUUUGUGCAGUGGAUAGUUCUAUGGUGAAACUUAUUAACGGUGGAUAUGAGGACAUUGUGAUUGCAAUUAAUCCAAAUGUAACAGAGAAUGUCAAGAUUAUUGAAAACAUUAAGAAUAUGGUGAAUGAAGCCUCCGAUUAUCUAUAUAAAGCUACAAAACAAAGGCUCUUUAUAAGAAAUGUAAAAAUACUAAUUCCUAUGACUUGGUCAAAUGCUUCCAGCUACACAAAACCAAAAACAGAAACGUAUGAUAAGGCAGAUGUUAUCAUCGCUAGUCCGUUUCUAAAAUAUGGAGAUGAUCCAUAUACAUUGCAAUAUGGAGGUUGUGGGGAACCAGGAAAAUAUAUUCAUUUUACUCCAGAAUUCAUUAUACAUAACAGAACAAGCAAUGAAUAUGGCCCACGAGGAAGAGUGUUUGUCCAUGAAUGGGCUCAUCUUCGAUGGGGGGUAUUUGAUGAGUACAAUUAUGAAGUACCUUUUUACAUUGCUGGAAAUGGAUCUAUAGAAGCAACAAGAUGUUCCCUUGAUAUUAGAGGUGUUACCGGUUAUAAAUGCACCCCUGGAAGCUCCUGCAGGACGUGCAGAGUUGACGUCACCACUGGUCUUUAUGAAGAUGGCUGUGAUUUCCUUCUUGAUAAGAACCAACCUACACAGGAAUCCAUUAUGUAUUCCCAGUCACUAUCUUCUGUAUCUGAGUUCUGUGAUGCAAGUUCACAUAAUAUAGAGGCUCCAACCUUACAAAACAGAAUGUGCAAAUUCCGUAGUACUUGGGACGUCAUCAUGAAUUCCACUGACAUUAAAUCUACUCCUCCAUCCAGUAGUUCAUCUAAACCAGCUCCUCCUACCUUCUCCCUAUUGCGGCCAGGCAAGAGAGUCGUCACUCUAGUACUUGAUGUUUCAGGAAGCAUGGAUUGGAAUGAUCGCAUAGUUCGACUCUAUCAGGCGGCAGAAGUCUUCCUUAUUCAGAUAAUUGAGCAAAAUUCUUAUGUUGGAAUUGUCCUGUUUAACAGUUCUGCAUAUAUCAGUUCAAACCUGGUGCAGAUAGUCAACAACGACAGUCGUGAAAAGCUAAAAAAUCUUCUUCCAAAACUUGCAGUAGGAGGAACAAAUAUUUGUGUAGGCAUUCGGAAUGGAUUUAAGGUAAAUCGCCAACAUGACGGAUCCUCGUAUGGUACUGAAAUUGUCUUGCUAACAGAUGGAGAGGACAAUUAUGAUACUUCAGUUUGUUUUGAUGAAAUAAGAGACAGUGGCGCAAUAGUGCAUGCCAUUGCGUUGGGACCAGAUGCAUCGAAGGCUCUUGACAUUAUUACAGACAUGACAGGAGGAUUACGUUUUUUAGCAGUAGAUAAUUUGAAUGCGAAUGGUUUGAUUGAUGCUUUCAAUGGGAUAAAAUCCGGAAGUGGAGAUAUAUCAAAUCAGGCUAUUCAGUUGGAAAGUGCUGGCUUAAACCUUGCACUGCAUCAGUGUUUGAAUGGCACAGUUUACGUUGACAACACUGUGGGGAAUGAAACAUUUUUCCUGGUCACUUGGCAAAGUGCACUGCCAAGUAUUCACUUACAAAACCCAAAGGGAAGAAUUUACACAGCUGCUAACUUUACUCCUGACUCAGUUUCCAGAUCGACUAGACUUGCCAUCCCUGGAACAGCAGAACGAGGACCUUGGUAUUACAGUCUUUGCAACAAUGAUCCAGCAAAUCAAUCCUUGGGCAUAACUGUGAACUCUAAAGCAGCUGAUGCAAAUGUGCCACCCAUUACUGUCAGUGCCGAGACGAAGAUGGACACAAACCAGUUCCCCAGUCCAUUAGUUGUUUAUGCGUCAGUAAGUCAAGGGCUUUUGCCAGUGAAGGGAGCAAAGGUGACAGCAACUAUUGAGCCAGCGACGGGUAGUGCUGUCACUCUACAGCUUUUGGACAAUGGAGCAGGUGCUGAUAUUGUAAAAAAUGAUGGCAUAUACUCCAGAUAUUUCACAGCUUUCACAAUAGCCGGACGAUAUGAUUUAAAGGUUCGAGCUGAAAGCAAACAAAAUAAAAGCCGUCUAGCGUUCCCGAGGAGUCGCGCCCUAUAUGUUCCUGGUUAUGUUGAAGAUGGCGUGGUGCACAUGAAUCCACCAAAGACUGUAAUCAGUGACGAUGACAUUGAGCUUAACUUGGAAGCAUUCAGCAGAACAGCAUCAGGCGGCUCUUUUACUAUCACUGAUGUACCUAAUGCUUCACUAGGCGACAUCUUUAAACCAGAGAGAAUCAGUGACUUAAAGGCAAAAAUUGACAAAUCCACAAUUGUGUUAUCCUGGACAGCAACUGGGGAUGACCUGGACCAAGGAAUUGCAUCAGGAUACGACCUAAGGAUGAGCACCAGUCUUAAAGACCUCAGAGAUAACUUUGAAUCUUCUACUUCAGUGAAUAUCUCCAGUCUAAAACCACAGCCGGCCGGAUCCAGCGAAACAUUUACCUUUGUUCCUGAGGAUAUUGUUAUAGCAAAUGGCACCAUCCUGUAUUUUGCUCUGAUUGCUUUUGAUAAAGCGCCACAUAAAUCUGAUCUAUCUAAUAUAGCACAGGCGGCUCUUCUUAUCCCUGCUGCUUUAGAAACCACAACUAAGCCACCUACUACAGCACUUUCCAACACCAAUAAACCAAUUGAGAACUCUAAUAAAAUGAACAUAACACAUUUGGCACUGAUUAUAUGCGCAGCAGUAAUUAUAGUUUCUAUAAUCAUAAGCAUCACUGUUUGUAUUGUAAGUUGUAAAAGGAAAAAGAAAAAUCCACAAAUGUACUUUUAG